AUGCCCCAGACGAUAGCUCAUCGAGGUUACAAAGCCGAGCAUCCGGAGAAUACGCUAAAGGCAUUUCAGGGUGCUGUAGAGGUUGGAACCCACGCCAUUGAAACUGAUAUCCAUCUGUCGAAGGAUGGUGUUGUUGUACUGUCUCAUGAUCCAGAUCUCAAACGAUGCUUCGGCAAGAAACAAAAAGUAAUAGAUUGCGACUGGGAGUACUUGAGCACAAUCCGCACUCUCAAAGCACCUCAUGAGCCCAUGCCACGACUUCUAGACCUCCUAGAAUAUAUCGCUCAACCCGGGCGGGAGCAUAUUUGGUUGCUCCUUGACAUCAAACUUGACAACAAUAAUGACGACGUAAUGAGACUGAUUGCAAAGACGCUGGCGUCUGUCAACCCUGGACAACGGCCGUGGAACGAGCGUAUUGUCCUAGGGAUUUGGACCGCUAAAUUCCUGUCAUUAUGCAUCAAAUACCUACCAGGAUACCCCAUCUCGCACAUUGGCUUUUCCACCUGUUAUGCAAGGCAAUUCCUUCAAGUCCCCAAUGUGUCUUUCAACAUCCUGCAGAGAGCACUGUUUGGUCCAAUCGGAGCCCGCUUCAUUCGGGAUGUGAAGAAGGCAAAACGGCCUUUAUUUGUCUGGACCGUGAACGAGCUCAAUUUGAUGAAGUGGAGCAUCCAAAAACAAGUGGAUGGCGUCGUCACAGAUGACCCAAAAACCUUCAAGCAGAUAUGUGACGAUUGGGAUGACAAUAAGGAACCUGUGGCCAGGGUCAGUUGGUCGCAGUGGCUGUACACCUUCUGGAUAUGGUUAAUCGUCACCUUCUUCUCGAUCCUCUUCAGAAUCAAGUACCCGGAGACGGCGGUGCAGUUUGUAAAGAAGAAUGAGUUGGAAGAAAAAGCGAGCACUACAUUAAGCGACUUAUGA